UUGCUGGUCAUUCUUUGUGUCUCUUGCUUGUCUCAUUUCUGCAGGCGUCUCCGGCACACUCCACGUUCGUCCCGCGGGCCGGGACAAUGCCCAUUUGUAGCCAUCCUCCCCAACUCAUCCCCUGGCCACUGCUGGCCCAGAAAUGACCUCUCUGAAGGAAUGCAAUGGCUGCUUUUACAGGCCCACGUGGCUGGAUGGUGAGGUGCAGGUAUUUGGGUGAACAUUUCUGGUGGCGCCUGGGAGGGCGUUUCCAGAUGACGUUAACAUGUGAUCGGUGGGAAAGCAUUUACCUCCCCGGUGUGGGGGUCUGUGAGGGGCCUGGAAAGAGCAGCAGAUGGGAGGAUGGGGCCCUCCGGCCUGGCUGUGGGCUGCAGGAGCCAGAACGCCCACCUGCUGGCCUCGGCACUCCCGGCCCCCAGGCCUGAGGACCCAGAGGGAAUCACCCCAUCAGCUCUGCUGCCUGCAGACAGCAGGUCCUGGGACUUGUUGGCCCCUGUACGGCUCAUAAUAAAUAAUUCCUCACGAUGAAUUCCUCAUACUAAACACACAGGUAUGCAUAUGAAGAGAUGUUACUGUAUUUUAUUCUACGUCCUAUUAGCUCUGUUUCUACAGAGAGCCCUAACCAAGACAAGAAGUAACAUUUUUGCAGAAACCUGGACAUUAGGAGGGAACAGCCGAGCAGCCCGACAUCAAGCGGAGGUCCUGGCACAGGAACACCUGGGGCUGGCCCUGAGGUUGGGGAAGGGAGCCAUGGCAUGCAGGCCCAAGGAGUGGCCCUGUCAGCCAAAGCUGACUUUGGAAAAGCAAGGGGUUCCAAAACUACCUCCCCAAGGGCGGAGGGCUGCACGCAGAGCACAUGGCUCCUUGCCUCAUCAUCCAGGCCCCACAGCACCCCGAGGUUUACACGUCGCCAUGAGGAGGCAGAGCAGCGAGGGGACAGGGGCCUCACCUGGAGGGGCCCUCGGGAGCCCUGCAGCAUUGGGAAUGAGCUGGAGAGACACGGAGGAACUCGAAUGCCUAUCACCCAGCGAGAGAAGCCUACCUGAAAACAAUACGUCCUGUAGGACUCCAACCCUGAUAUUCUGGAAGAGGCGACACUGGAGACAGAAAAGGGACUGCGCUGUGCCCGGGCAUCCGGACGGUGGCGACAGAGACCAGCGCUCGGGGCGGGGCGCCUGGGACCCCGCCGUGCCGGCCGCGGGGAGCUGCGCCCCGAAGCCUGUGGCUGGACUCACGGCGAGGCGGCUGAAGGCCAGGACGGUCCCUCCCCCCCAAUGGGGAGCCGUCACACAUCACCGGGCCAUGGGCAGUGGCUCUGCUUAAACGAUGGUGUGUGGCUGCAACCCAACGACAGACCUUGGGCCGCGCCUCCCCUCUCUAGGCGGCUCCUCCCUCGUCUCAGGGAGGAAACAGCUCCUACUUCUGAGCAUUAGUGUGAAGAUUCGACAAGAUGAUGGCUGUGAAGCGCCAGGCACAUAGUAGGUAUUCAUUAAAGCGUGUCUCCCUUCCCAGAUUCUCGGACUUUGGGCACCUGAAAACCCAGCCCGUGUCCCCUCGCUGGGCGGGGCAGGCGCAGCCAACGCUGGGGACUCAGCCCGUCAGUCUGCCCCUGGGGAGUGCGGGGGGCGCCGCGUCUAUCAGAAGCAAAAGCACGCCGGCCCCCUGCGCCCCGCUCGCCGGCGGGAAUGAGUUCUGCCUGCGGCCGAAGAAGCGGACGCACAGCCUUACC